AUGCCUAUCAACCAACCCUCGAACCAGAUCAAACUGACGAACGUCUCGCUUGUUCGCCUCAAGAAAGCCAAGAAGCGUUUCGAAAUAGCCUGCUACAAGAACAAGGUCCUGGAAUGGCGCAACGGGAUAGAGACUGACCUCGACAACGUUCUGCAAAUACAUUCGGUCUUUCUGAACGUGUCCAAAGGACAAACCGCCCCAUCUACAGACUUGGCAAAGGCAUUCGGUGCUAAGACCCCUAUCAAUGACAUCAUCCUCGAGAUCUUGAAUAAGGGAGAGUUGCAGGUUGGAGAGAAGGAGAGACACGCUCAAUUAGAGAGGGUACACAAUGAGGUCAUUGGGAUCGUGGCGAGCAAGCUGGUGGACCCGAAGACGAAGAGAGUCUAUACGACAGGCAUCAUUGAGAAGGCGUUGGAAAUGCUGAGUUCGCAGGGAUCGCAAGCAACACAAGACAAGAGCGCCGCUGGCAGUGGGUCCGGUACGCCAGUUACGGGCGACGAGGGAGAGGCAAAAGCCAAGAGCAAGGAGCAUGUUUGGACGGGCGUUGUCGCUACGAAGAGUGCAAAGAGUCAAGCUCUCGAGGCUAUGAAGGCGUUGAUUCUGCACCAACCCAUACCUGUGGCAAGGGCUAGGAUGAGACUGCGCAUCACAUGUCCAACGAGCGUUUUGAAGCAGGCUGCCAAGUCUUCUGGCCCCAAGGCACCUGAUUCAAAUACAGAGGAUGGAGAAGAGAAGACUAAGGGUACUGUGAAGGAUCGAAUUUUGAGCUAUAUAGAGCAGGUGGAGACACAGGAUGUGAUGGGUUCAGAAUGGGAGGUAGUAGGGUUUGUUGAACCUGGUGCUUUCAAGGGCUUAGGAGAUUUCAUUGGUGGCGAAACAAGGGGUCAAGGUCGAGUCGAGGUGCUAGAUAUGGCUGUUACCCAUGAGGAUUGA